UUUAGAAAUUGCUUCAUCUCGCAUAUAUCCUCUAUUUGUCUAGGUCUCCCUACAGCCAAUAGUCUUUCCUCAUGCCAUCAAUGGGACGAAGAAGUCACGCUUGAUUCAAGUUGAUAUACUAGAUGCAGGUAUAACAGGAGAGUUGCUCUCUAUUCAUCGUGAAAAUCAGGAGAAGAUGUGGACCACAGGUGCUGCGAAUCCCAUGGGCAUCAUUGGGUCAUUAUCCUUUCUCACAAGAAUUGCAUCAACAUCUACGCUACGAAUGCUAGACAAUAAGGUGCUACUGAAACAGUUGAAGUCAGAGCAAUUCGACUUGGGCAUAACAGAGUUAUUCGACUUUGCUGGAUUAGGUAAUAUUCCCCUAAUCGAAAUAUGA